AGAAAUAUGCAUGUUCAUCUGGCAGCCUGGCUCACACUUUCUGCGCGAAUGAGACAGCAUGAGUACACUUCUUAUUAGCUAAAUGUGCAGCACUAGCGGCGGCAGCAGCCAUAGGAUAUAGUUGUCAGUUUAGUUUCAGUUUAGUUUCUCCAUUCAACGAAUAAUUUAAAAUUUCAGUCUUAUUUGAUGUGUGAUUCAUACCAACGCGUUAAGUUGCCAAUCCUGGCAUCGUUAAUUCUCGAGUGGUCAAUGUGUUAGUAAGACAAGCUAGAAAGAAGAAAUUGUAAUACGUUAAUAUAAUUCAACGAAACCAUAAUACAAUUAUCACAGCGUACAAAAAUAUAAGGAAAAAGUUGAAAUAGUAAAAAUAACAAAAAGUGACCAGAAAAACGUAUUUACGAAAAGUCUAGUUGCAUACUGCAACAUAUUCAGCAUUUGGACACUUCAAAUUGUAAAUUGAUUCUGAAUUCUCAGCAUUGCUGGCUGUUUAGCUUGGUUCUUUUCGGAAUCCUAAACCAGUAAUUUGCCCCUUGUGCACCCUAUUCUAUACAUAAGUUGGGCAAUAAAUAAGACCAGUAUUCUAAACCGAAGCUACAAUAUUUAUAGUUUCUACCUUUUCCGGGUGAUUUCGUUUGCUGAUUGUUGGUGUAUUUUUUGACAACAUAUUGAAGUUUCUUUUCCCCAAACUAUUAAUGGAAUAAUUAUGUCAUGGGAUCGUGCACGCGACGACACUUUAUGCUGUCAACAUGCUUAUUGCAAAUGAUAACAGUCAUCCAGCGCCAAGUAUUCGAUUUUCUCGGAUACAUGUGGGCGCCUAUAUUGGUUAAUUUCUUUCAUAUAAUAUUCAUCAUAUUGGGAUUUUAUGGAGCAUAUCAUUUUAGAAUUAAAUAUAUAAUAACGUAUUUAAUAUGGGGCUUCAUUUGGAUUGGUUGGAAUGCAUUUUUGAUAUGCUUUUAUUUAAAUGUAGGGUUAUUGGAUCGGGACAGCGAUCUGCUAAAUUUGGGUACCGGUAGCGUCUCAUGGUUUGAGGUGAACGGCUAUGGUUGCAAGCCAACAUAUCCCGUAAAUAUUACCUCUAAUGAUCCAUUUCGUCCAAUAAGGCCUGAACAUGUUGAUGACUGUCUAUUAGAUUAUACCAUAGUCGAAAUUAUACAAUCUGGUGUACAAUGUACUUUAGCGUUAUUUGGUAUUUUAAGCGCUAUAUUAAUAAGUUAUAUAUUCCUCGACGAAGACGACAGAUUCGAUUUCGUGAAUGGCGAUGCGAAGAGUCCCCAGCAUACUGUGGUCCAUCCAAUGUACGUGAGUUACAGCAGCAUACCGACCUCAGCCAGCGCUAGCGCUACAUUGCUGUCAAAUAAGCAUCACAACAAUCACCAAGAAGCACUUAACAACAAUAACAGUAACAAUAGUAAUAAUCAGCAACUGCAACUGCAUCAGCAGCAGCAGCUUCAUCAUCAGCAACCUGAAAAUUUUAACAGUAACACAUUUCUAAUACACACAAACACCGUCAACAACAACAGCCAUAGCCAUAGUAAUAAUCAUACUCAGAGUCACAGUAAUAGGCGCAGUCGAAGCCGCGGCAAUAGCAACAACCAAAGUUGUAGCGGGGAAUCGAAAAAUACUGAUGUCGGCGUCAGUAGUGGCCAGAGUCACUAUCCCUAUUUACGCGGAAACAGCACUAUAACCCGAAUACUCUAUAGUCCGAAGAAUAGUAAUAAAAUCGCUUCGUCUACGGGCAAUACGAUUGCACCGACAGACAUUCUGCAACGACAACAAUCGCUGCCUCACACUCAUACGACCACUCUACAGAGUGCGCAUUAUUAUGACGAUAGCACUGCGAAGGCAGACCAAUUGUAUACGAAUAGUAAUCGAAGACAGUUCCUAAAUGGAAUCACAUAUCAGCAGCAGCAACAUGCUGGCACAACAAACUCUUCGAUGAACGACAAUACCACAUCCUCGCUUUCGUAUGCAUCGCUACAGAAUUCCAAUUUGAAUUUAACACAGAGCUUGCGUGGAGUUGGCGGUGGACAAGGAAGUGGGUUCAUCUACAUGAGCGCGGGUAAAGGCUAUGAGGGAGGCGGAGGUAUUAGUGGAGGUGUGUGCGGUGUAGGUUCCAGCUCUGGAGGUGGUUUCGGACGUAGCUUUGGCCUGACCACCGCCUCCUCGCAAGCAACGCUCAGUCCGCUAAGCAACAGUCAGUUUAGUCUGACCAAUAGUAUUAAUAAUAAUUAUAGCAACCAUAAUGUUAACAACAACAACCACGUUGCAUUAAAUAACCUCACCAACUAUACUAUCAAUAAUAACAAUAAUAAUGGUAGCAUGGACAGCAGCAUUGGUGGUGGACGUUUUGCACGCAUCCAUUCCAAACCGAAGCCACCAAAAUCAACCAGUUAUAGUAGCUUCAUCAAUAAUGGCAGCGCCGCCACGAGCCUCACGACAGGCAAUGUCAGUCCGGGUAGUUCCAUGACAAAUGUUAAUCAUUCCGAUAAAUACUCCCUAAUGUCCAAUGAGCGUUUGUCUCGCAAUCUCGAGGAGGGUCUGGAGGACGACACAUUUUCUUUGCAAAAUUUUAGAACCGAAGACGGCACCACAUAUGUGCCCUUUCAAAAGCCCACGCCGGGUGCUGCGUUGUUUGUGGGACAAAACAAUAAGAACAACAAUCCUUCGUAUGUGUCCUUAAAUUCCUAUGCGGUCGCACAGUUCUCUCCCAACAACAAUAAUAACAACGGUAGUUCAAAUGCGCUUAACAGUAAUAAUAAUUCUAUGCCACAUUUUGAACGCAAUAUUUCGCAGCCGGCGUCACCUCCGCUACGCCCUCAGCAUGCAAGUGAAGGUGGAGGAGGUAACAGGGAUGAGAUACUUCUCGAGCGUGGUGCCAUACUCCAACCAGCACACAACUACCAGACGCAAGCCCAACAUUUAUCAGGACCACCGCGAGGUGUGUCACAACAUCAGCAGCCUCAGCCCCAGUCGAUAUUAAAUCCUGCCAACCGUUUUCUCUAUCAACAAAACGGCAUGUCAUUCCAUCCAGCUUACAAUAAGUCCAUACCAGUGCCAUCAUCUAGCCACAAGAACACACACUCAUCACCGUCCAUACAUGCGUCAUAUCAUCAUUUGAUGAUGAACCCUAUCGGUAAACAACCGCCACGACCUACAAACAUUCCAUUACCCACCAUACCCACACACACAUUUGACACACCUGUUUCGCCCUCAGAGGUUACGCCUCCACCGCCGCCCACACCACGUCCACAUAUUUUUCAACCUCGUUCUGGCCAUGCGCCCUACCCAGACCUGUCACCUGAGGUAACGGAGAAAUAUUCGAUGCCUACGCAAUAUGUGCCGCGUUCGCCGGUUGCAUCACGUAUUGCGCGCCGUCAACGUCAGCUCCAACAACCACAAAAUUACCAACACCACCAUAACCGAAUCGCACAGCCGACAACGCAUCACGCAAACAUUUCGUCGAAUUUUUGCGACCAAGUGCGUGAUGCGCCACCCGGCUAUAUUGUGGAAGCUGGCUUCAGCAUUGUGCGCGCAAAAAGUUAUGAUCGCUUAGCGUCCGCGUCUUCUACUUCCGGCUCAGUGCGUCGGGAAGGCAAAGCAAGUGAUGUGCACUCACAAGCACAAAUAAAUACCGAAGCAGCACCGCAUGUAAAUCGAAGGAGCGGGCGACGAGAUAUUGCAGGACGUGUGCGUCCGAGUUCCUAUUGCAAUUCCAUGUCGGGUGGGGAGGGCGUAAUACGUGGUAGCUUAGUUUACGAGUGUGACAUUGUGGCCGAGAGCGGUGUUAAUGGUUGCAGAGAUUCCUGUGAUGCAGGUGGUAGUAGUAGUGGUGUAGAGGCGAGCGGUAGAAAUAUUGGUGGUGAUCAGUUGGCAUAGGCAGAGACUGGUAAAGUGAAUAGUACAGAGUGGGGAGCCCAAAAGGGGCGAAAUCUUAAAGACCGUACAAGGUAUUAAAAUAAAAAGAUUAAGACGCCAAGGAAAGGGAAGAUAUUUUUGAGAUAAUGUCAGAAUUCACUUAUUAAGCCAACUGAAAAGGGGAGCAUAGUUUUUUAUUAGAAUUUUUGAAGAUAAAGAUCUGCAAAGCCAGGAAUAUUCAUGGAUAUUGUUGUUUUUAACUCCCGAAGCCGUUAUAGAUUGCACUUACUGUCUCUCCAAAGUCACUGAGAACUGCCACUAUUUCUAUGGGAGCUUCUUAUAUUCCCAAAGGACAUGUUAAUAUAUUUUCAUAUCCGUCUUCACGCACUCAAAAGCUCUCACUAUCACUGAUAAAAUCUCUCGACGCUUCUUCCGUCGUUUCCUUACGCUGUGUCUCUAAAUUUUAUCGUUUCAUACUCAAAUUUCAUACCAAAAAUUCAUGCAAUUUCGUAUUAAUGUAGAAAACAGUUUGUAUCUCAGAUUGAUAUGCUUUAUUUCCUAAUUUUGUUAUUGUUUUUUUUUUUAUUAAUCUUUCGUUUUUUAGACUGGUAGACAAUGAUGGCUGAAUUUUCUUAUUACACUCAUUUGCAACACUUCGUUGAUUAUAUUGAAACUUUUAUUAAGCUCGCUCAUUAAAGUCAAAAGACUUCUCUUUCUCAUCCUUCUCUACGGAAAAAGCUUUGCUUGUGCGCGUACUACACAUAUACACAUAUUAUAUAUACUCGUGUAUGAAUGUUGUAUGAGUUGAUGUUGCUGUUGCCACUAAAGUGAAGUUGCUACAAUAGAAAAUAUGUUGAUUCCAAAACAGGCCGAAGAAAAGCAAAACAAAGAUAAAUGUAUGUACUUACAUAAUCACCAUGUGAAUUUGUUCGCUUGAAGUUGAAAAGUUACAAAAAUAAUAUCUUCUUUUCUAAUAGCAUGAAUGAUAUUUGCAAAAAAAAAAAAUGAUAAUUAUAAAAAAACAUUUCAUGUUGUAUACUAAAAAUGGUAUUAAAAAAUAUAUAAACAAAUUGUUUGCGAAAUAUUUGGUGUUGUUAGAUUGUGUAUUUUAAAAAUAUGUAUUAUGCUAACUAACUAAGGCAAAGGAUGUACAUUUAUGUAUAUAUUAUAUAUAUAAACAUUAUGAUCAAGUUGUUUUAAUUUUAAAUAUUAUUAUUUAAUAAUAUGUAUCUACAUAAUUACAAAGUAUACGUACAUACGUAUGAGUAUAAAUAUUGGGUAUAAUAAUUGUUUUUAACGAACUGACAGGCCUUUACGAAACUAGAGCCACAAAUGCGAUUAGGUACAUACGCAUUUAUAUACAAGAUGAUAUACUUAAACCUAAGCUUAAAUUAAAAUAUAGUUUUAAGCCAAAACGACGGUGCAAUCACCAGCUAGCACUAAAAGAGAGGGGAAAGAGUGAGUUUUGAGGGCAAGAAAGAGAAAUGGAGACACUUUAUAUUUAUACUUGCUAUUUAUUAGAGGAAAAAAUGUUGAAAACGCUAGACAACGUUUGGAAAA